UGGUUCCUCGGAGGGGAUGGAGCGCCGAGGCCGGAGGAGGAGGAGCUAGGCCGCAGAGGCGCCGCCCUCUCGUGCCAGGACAGGCCGGGGCCUAGCUUCGCCUCAGAGGAAGCCUGAGCCCGGUUAUGAGGAUUUGCAGGCAAUUAAAUGGCUUAUUUGCUGGACUCCUGAAAACGAAAGAUUUUGGAACAACUGCAUCCCAUAUAUCAUUUUCAGCAAUUUGGAAGCUUUGGGACCAGCCUCUUCCUGGACUUCCUGGACAUCUUUCAGUAGUAGCUCAGAGCAAUAGUAUUUUCACAAUGCCGGAGAUGUUUGACAAGAAGGUUGAACUUGACCUCAACGUCCCUCAUCCCAGGGUUCGUGGGAUGACCAGACUGAACAGAGAUGCUUUCAAAAAGAAUGUUGUGGUACCAGCAAUUAAGGUGAACAAAGACAUCACAAACAAACUGGUGAAGUCCCUUAAGGAGGUGAUGAUCAAGCGACCAGGUCUCAAGAGAGUUAUUGAAGACCCAGAAGAUGAAAGCAGAAGGUUCAUUUUGUUAGAUCCUCACAAAAUGUCUGCUGAUGGUUCCCUUGGUGAACCUGAGAAAGAGAUCUUAAAGAGCUUUAACAUUAACCCCGAGAUAAUCAGUUACAACGUGGAGCUGACAUACGACCAUUUCAAGGCGGAAGAAAUUCUGCAAGCAGUGCUUCCUGAAGGCCAGGAAGUGACCACAGCGUUUAGCAGAGUCGGACACAUCGCUCACUUGAAUCUCAGAGACCAUCAGCUACCUUAUAAGCAUUUAAUUGGCCAAGUUAUUAUUGACAAGAAUAAUGGUAUCACCUGUGCUGUAAAUAAAAUCAAUACCAUUGAGAGUGCUUAUCGAAACUUCCAAAUGGAGGUGCUGGCUGGAGAUGAGAGCAACAUGACAACAAAGGUUAAAGAAAACUACAUCUCCUACGAAUUUGACUUUUCCAAGGUCUACUGGAAUCCCCGCCUCUCCACCGAACACGCACGCAUUGUCAACCUCUUGAAGCCUGGCGAUGUUCUCUUUGACAUCUUUGCUGGGGUGGGGCCCUUUGCUAUCCCUGCAGCAAAGAAGAACUGUAUUGUGUUUGCAAAUGACCUCAAUCCCGAGUCCUACAAGUGGCUGCAGCACAACUGUAAACUGAACAAAGUGGACACAAAAGUGCAAGUCUUCAACAUGGAUGGCAGAGAGUUCAUGAAGGGGCCGAUGAAGGAAGAACUGGUCAAGCAACUCUCUCUGAAAGAGCGUAAAAGUUCCCUACAUAUCAUCAUGAAUUUGCCAGCCAUGGCCAUUGAAUUCCUGGAUGUUUUCCAGCACCUUUUGGAUGGAGAACCCAGCGGCACAGAGCUUCCCACAGUGCAUUGCCAUUGCUUUUCCAAGCAUGAAAAUCCUGCACAGGACGUUCAGCAACGAGCCGAAGCUUGCUUGAGAACUUCCUUAGAGGGCUUGUGCUCGGUGGAGCUGGUGAGGAACGUGGCCCCCAAUAAAGAUAUGAUGUGCAUUAGCUUCCGUCUUCUUGCCAAAGUGUUGUACAAGCCACCAUCAUCUCUGGCAGGUGUGGAUAAUACACAGCAACCGGAAUCAAAACGCCUGCGCUUAACUGAAGACGCCCUUGAAGAAAAAGUGAAUCCAGUGGUAUAGGAGCCUUUUUGUGGAUCACUAAACAAAACAUUAACUCAUCUUUCAAGGUGGGGAAAUUGGGUUGGAUUUGCUCAUCUGAAUAUAUAUGAGCAAAUGUUGAAUAGCCACCUCUGGAAACUGGAAAUCCAGAUGCUAAGCUCAAGUGCUGAUUAUGGGUUCUUUUUUAUUCCUUGAAAGUUGGCCAGGGUCCAUUUUAUUGAAAAAUAAUUAAAAUGUAUUUUUUCACCAUG